AUGUACAUGCCCGGCGCUUCUGCUGUCUCGGGACAAAUCAAGGUGAACAAGAGAAGCUACCGAAGCAUUAGCUCCGAUAAUGAUGCUUCCAAGACCGCCAAGUCUGAUCCCUUCUGCAAUAUGCCCUCCAAGAACGAUCAUAUCACCGCUGCCCCGGUCUCUUCCUUGGGUAUCGAUCGAGACUCUACUAGUGCGCACAUCCCAGGCGAGCCACUCACUGACUGUCCAGGUGUCCCGGAGAGCUAUCGUCCCUGCGUCAUGGAGCCCUAUCGUCCCUCAGCUGUGGAGCAGAUCGUCCGCGCUUUCAUGCACAUGCUGCAGUUCGCUGUGGCUUACUUCAUCAUGCUACUUGCAAUGUACUUUAAUGGGUACAUUAUUAUCUGCAUCUUCAUCGGUGCCUUCCUGGGCUCACUGAUCUUUUCCUGGGAGCCUGUGUCUCUGAAUAAGGAGUAA